AUGUCCCAAGAUUUUUCUCAUAAAGAGAGAAGUGACAUUUUAGUCCUUUUCGAUGUUGAUGGUACUUUGACUCCCCCAAGGCUCACUAUCUCUGAAGAAGUUAAAGAGAUUUUGAAGGAAUUGAGGGAAAAGGUCGUUAUAGGAUUUGUGGGUGGUUCUGAUUUGGCUAAACAAGUAGAGCAAUUGGGUCCUACAGUCUUGAAUGACUUUGAUUACUGUUUCUCAGAAAACGGUUUAACUGCUUAUAAACUAGGAAACCAGUUGGCUUCCCAGUCUUUUAUUAACUGGAUUGGUGAGGAAGAUUACAACAAGUUUGCUUCCUUUGUGUUGAAGUAUUUAUCCUCUAUCGAGUUGCCAAAAAGAAGAGGCACCUUUGUAGAGUUCAGAAAUGGAAUGGUUAAUAUAUCACCAAUUGGUAGAAAUGCUACCACUGCAGAGAGAAAUGAAUUUGAGGAAUACGAUAAGAAGCACCAAAUCAGAGCUAAAUUUGUUGAGGCGUUAAAGAAAGAGUUUUCUCACUUGUCUUUAACUUACUCCAUUGGUGGCCAAAUCUCUUUUGAUGUCUUCCCAACUGGUUGGGACAAAACUUAUUGCUUGCGUCACGUUGAAAACGCUGGGUUUAAGGAAAUCCAUUUCUUUGGGGAUAAAACCUCAAAGGGUGGCAAUGAUUGGGAAAUUUAUGAAGACCCAAGAACCAUUGGACAUGCCGUGUCAACUCCAAAGGACACCAUUAGAAUUUUAAAAGAAUUGUUCAAUUUGUAG